CAGUGGGGUGACGGCGGCGGAGGUGGGGCCGCCGUGAGCCCGGCUUGGACCUGGGCGGCCCCGGCCCCGCCGCAGAGGGGGAAGCUCAGAAAGCACCUGGUGGCUUGGAAAAGAAUUCUGUAACUUCCAGUGAAAUCACCCGCUUUCCAAAUUAAGUCUUGGGGUUUUAUAAGUCUUUAGCGAAGAACAAGCUAAUGUUUUUGAACGCUUUGUCAUAAUUCUUAUACAAACUCAUGCCAAAGCUUUCUCUGUAGGUAACCGACAGAUGCCUGUCUGGUUGAUAUUCCCAGAGCAGGACAAAACCCCUGAGUAACAGAGGCCAUGCAGCAAAUAGAAAUGAGCUAUAUAGAACAGGGUUGCUCCGGCUACCUGCACUGAAAAGAACACCCCUUCCCUCCUAGACAUCGUUAAUCAUCUUUUUCUUUUUCCCCAUUACCUCAUGAAAGUAGAUACUGCACGAUUCUUCGUUCUGCAUCUACUGUGAUUCCUGCAUCUGUGGUGUGUUUUGCAUUUGGAAGGGCAGAACCAUGGCUGCAUGUAUCCGGAAACAUCCCCUGGAGAUUCCUCCACCAUCUGAAAAGGACUGGCUAAAGGAAGACGAGGAAGAUUUCUUCCUGCAGGAUCCCGAUCGAAAGCGUGAUGUGUUGCCUCAGCCCUUCAGGAUGAUCAACAAACUGGUUAUGCUGGUUUUUGAGAAUGCUAUGGAAAUCAUUGAAAGAAAGGAAAUGCUCCAAGAAGCGCAAAAGCUAAAGGUCCAGCCUGCAAAAUGCUUUCCUACAGCUGAAUUUCAGGUAACUGGAAGAGCCAAUUGCCUUGCAGUGUCUGGAAAUGAUGUCUUUGUCGGUCUGUCCGUGGGUCUGGCUGCCUUCAAGGUGUCUGACUGUAAGGAGGUCUGUGCUUGGGAUGCAGUCAAGACAGAGAUUUGUGCCAUCCGUGCUUCAGAUUUAGGGAAUGAGUGCCACGUCCUGCUUGCUGUGGAUGAAAUGGGCCUGGUCUGGCUCUUCUGCUUUCACAAGGAAAGCUUGCUACUGAUUAAAAUCCUAAAUGAAGUGGAGGAUAUCAGCAAGCGAAGUACUUGUGUGGAGCUGGUGCUGUCCCCAGGAGCUGAUUAUGCAGGAGUCCUGCUGCAAGAUAGCACAGAAGCUUGGCUGCAGAUCUACUGAUUGCCUAAGGAUUCCUGGCUGAAGGAGAUGGAAAAGAACCCAGGAGCUGCAGCAGGGCUGGCUUGCAGGGAGAGGAGAUCAAGCUGGACAUCUGUGAAAAGCAUGGAACUGCGUAAAGAUUGUUCUUCAGAAAUGGAAUCUCCUGUGUCUUCAAACAAAGAUGAUGCAAAGCUGAGUCUCCCAGUGCUGCUGCUGAAAGUGAAGCCACCAAAACCCAUUACAGGCAGUAGUUUUAAAAGCCCUUUGGAUGCCUUGAAGAAAGUGGAUGAUGGCAGCAUGCUUGGCCUGGGGUACAAUCACCUAAUCAAGGACUUCCAGUGGGAGCAGCAGGAAGCAAUAUUCCGCAGCACUUAUCGGGAGUAUCUGGAGGCUGAGGGUGAGAGAGAGAGUAAGGAAGACAUCCCCAGACAUGCUACUUUUCAUUUUCUCCUGCCUAGCCGGAUCCUACAGGUGGGACCUGAAAUCAAAGUACAUCCAGAUGUUCCAGCUGGCAUCAGCGUGUACUGGGAUGGAAGCCACAGUCUCUGCUUGUACUUACUUAACCAUCCACUCGAGGAGAAAGUGGACUCUGAUCUGAAGCCUGAUGUGUGGCCAUGUGCAGCUCCAAUUGCAUGCUCGGCCAUCAGUUCCUGCUCCAGGUACCUCGCUCUGGCAUGUGAAGAUGCAACAAUAACUAUUUGGGAUAAACACCUAGGAUACCCACUGUCUGUGACUGCCAUUCUAGAGGAACGUCUCAUCCGUAGCGUCCACUGCCUGCGCAGUUCUGCAGCUGCCAGUGAUGAGACACUUAGUCCUGGUGCAGAUCCUGCCUGUCCCAUCGUGCAGCUUCUAGUGCUGUGCACAGACAGCUCUUUCUAUUUGGUGAAAGCACCCAGGGCUGGGAAGUCCAGCAUCACCCUCCUGGCAGACAGGCCUGAAGAUCCAAAUCUUGCUGUCAGCAUGGUGGUGCCUAUCCUGGCAUCCCCCAGUGCAGCCCUGGUCUUCUCCUGGGAUGGCACAGUGUCCCUGAUGAACACUGCCACAUCGCACAUUGUUUACUGCUUCAGUAUUCCACCUUCUCAUGCUGUAGCAUGCCCCUGGCAGCCAGUAUUCACAGUGGAUAGUGUGAACUGGUGCUUGCUGCUUCGAGGAGAUAAGCAGCAGCAGGCAGAUAUGUUGGCAGAAAGCAGAGCCAGUCACAGCACCAUCUUCCUUUUUGACUUCAGCUCCUACCCACUCGAGGAGGCUUUCCCAAAGGAACCAGAUUUGCCUCUCAAAUCCUUGCAGAACCUGCGGUGGAUUGAGAGAUGUAAUAUUUUCUUACGUGAUAGGCAGCAGAGCCUGCUGGGACUCAGGGACCAGUUGCCUGAGUACUGGAGUCGGCUGCGGGCACAAGCAGCUGCCAUGGACGAGGAGACACAGAAAGUGGAGGGGCAGAAGAAGCCAUAGUCAGCCUUGCAUCCUGAGGGCCAGGCUCUGCACUAUCACAGUCCUGCAGACCCAUGAUCCGCACUGAUAAUUUUGACAGCAACUCUAUUCAAAUCUGUCCUGCUGCUUUCCAGCCUGGGGCAAUUUGUCAUCCAAAAUAGCUGCUUGCCUGCCACUGCUCAGCCACAAGGAUCUGUGCCCUGCCUCUCUCCUUAUCUAACCCUCAGCCUGUUCCAGCAGGGCUCAGCACCUCCUCAUCAGAGACCAACAUUACUGAUGGAAGAGUCAUGAGGUAGGAAAGACCUCUCUUCAAGGUGGCAGGCCCAACACCCCUGUGGCUCAGAAGUAUUUGUGCUGGAUCUCUGAGUCUUCCCUGAGACCUGGAGCAUGAGAGCAGUAUGGUAUGAUACAAUGUCCCUCCUUAAUAAAGC